GCUUACAUCGAUAACCUCCGCGCGUCGGGCCGCGUCGACCGAGCGGCGAUUUACUCAAAGGCCGGAGACAGCGUAUGGGCCAAAUCCGACGGCUUCGACCUCGCCGCACCCGAAAUCACCGAGAUCUGCAGCGGAUUCGAUAACCCGUCCGGGUUGCAGGCUAAGGGACUUCACGCGCAGAGCGUCAAGUAUUUCUUACUGCGUGCUGAUGAUCGAAGCAUUUACGGCAAGAAGGGAGCCGAGGGUCUGAUUUGCGUGCGAACGAAGCAGGCGAUCCUGAUAGCACACUAUCCCGAGGGCGUGCAACCGGGCGAAGCCACGAAGAUUGUUGAACAACUUGCCGAUUACUUGAUCUCAGUCGGUUAUUAA